UCCGCUACCACUAAGUCUCGAAUGUCUAAUCCAGACUGGGUUUCUAUAUCUGAUGCAUCUGACUGGCCACCCGAAGUAACUUCCUUGUCGCGCCUUCUGGCUUCCAGGAUUCCCUUAGAGCUUGCCGAUGGAACAUGCAACUUGGCUUCGCUAAGGUCCUCUGAAUUGCUCGGAGAGCUCGCCACGCUAUUCGAGAGCUCACCAGGAGUCUUCAGUGACACCCAUUGCAACUCGCAGGUCUUGUCAGUGUUGGACUUGAUACUUUCCACUGUUGCAUCACUCCGCGCCCUUUCUGAGAUGUCGAUAUAUGACGUCGCACGUCCAACCACACCUUUUUGGACAUUGUUGCUCCGGUCGCUUCUUAUUAACUGCUAUGACAAAUCAUAUAUCCUGGAAAAUGUGUCGUUUGCUUUACCCAAACUACCAGAGUCCAAGUGCGUCGUGCUGGAUGGUCAAGCUUCUCUUCUCGCGUCUCAUCUUGCAAAUACGUUUCAGCCGCUAAGUGAUGAGAUUGCCAGCCAAAUCACAGACGAUCCGUCUCCUAUGACAGAGGAUGGCGAAGAGUCACAUCAUGACGGGAGCGGCUGCAGUCUUUCAGAUGGAGAGGAGUCACUAUCAGAACAAUCUGAUGAAGAUUCCUGCUACGGGAGCACGGACAUUUCGACAGAGCCGACAUCGGCGCCACUGUCGAAUAUCCCGGUGGAAGCUCAUGUGCUCUCGCAUUGGCUGCGACCUGAUUGUGCCGCCCUCCCAUUUCUUUGUGUUGCUGAUAGGAGGAAUAUCAUACCGCUGAUCCAGAGCACAGUUUAUCAGCGGUAUACUUGGGGAAUAUCUGAGCCCGUAGUGGGGGUCAUCUUGUCAGAAACAGGAUGCAUUGGCCGCGUGGUGAUGGGUUGGAUUGAACAGCACGGCGAUGCGGACCAUCUUCUGAAGCCCAGAGUCACGGUUGCAUACUCCGACCAGCAUCGUCCAAACUCUUCUUUGGGAAUCUAUGAUUUAACGGACCCAGUGUCUACUAUUCAACUGGCACAAUUCGUUCUCAGCCUUCGUCAGCACGUCGAAAGUAUUGUCUCGGAAUCCCUGAACCCGACAUUCAAGCCCAUUUUAUGGCGAUCCGACUCAAUUCAGCUGGAUGAAGAUCAAUCCGAUUUGGGAGAACAAGGUGAAAGAAGGAUCCGCAUUUGGUUGUGCGGUGUUCCUUCACCCCAGGAUGGCUCGGCAUCGGAAUCCAUCGAUCCUUUCCCAACCUCUGAAAUUGCUAAGAUGUCUGUGCCUUCUAAGUCUAGCAAACGAGCAGCCUCAGCCAAAAUGUCGUCGCAGAGCAGCCUGAACCCCCCGGUCGAAGGAAAGCAACGGCAUACGUCGCAUGGUACAUCGACCAUGAGUGGGGCAUCCACUCGCGCUAAGGCAGCCUCAGCAAUGGCGAAAGUUCCUGAAGCUGGAAUAGCGGACGGUGAUCCUUUGAGUAUUGGCAGCUUCCUCUACGACCGACACGCGUUCAGCGUCGCCCGCCUACCUCUAACGGACGCUACGGCGAUGGAUGUAAGAAGAUCCAUGGAGAAGGAAGAUGGACCUACGCUUUCGUAUAAGGAUAACGAUACCGUCAUUACCGCGGCCCAGAACGAAGAGGUCACCGCCAUGGUCAGGAUCUACGAUGAUCUGACUGAAUAUCAAAAGCCGUCGUGGGUUACUCCUCCGUCUGUCGAUAAGGCUGUAAAGCCGAUUCUUGACCUGAUCAUGCGUCAGGUUGUGGAUAUGGAUUCAACAGCGCCUGAAUACUCUACGCUCGAUCCUUCCCUGAUGAAGAUUGUCACCGAAUCACUCUCUUUCCUUUUAUGCGUCUCCGUCGGAGGGUUUGGGAAAGGCCUUGACUACAAGCCCAACGAGACCGAAGCUAGACAUUGCUGGGAUUUUCUUCUUUACAUCUCUUUCGUUGUCCAGGGUGAUAUUAUCUCACAACGAGUUUUGUUGGAAAAAUUAUUGGCACUUUCGAGAAACAUUGCCCUUGACUUGGCGUCAGGCACAACUAACGCUGACUCGAGUGCCGAGGAGCAAGCGAAUGUCUUUGUGCAACUUUGUUCACGAGCCUUUAAGAUUGCUGAAUCUCGGUACGGAAUUAGGGACCCCGUUUGUACGCAAGCCGCAGAUGCCUUGGCAGAUGCAUUUCACUACCGACAGCAGGUAGUGGAUCUGAUGACGGCUCCGAACGUUGCUGAGAUCAUCAAGGAGCGUGCGAAGGAUGAACCCGAUAACGCCAAAUGUGAUGCUUUCUUGGCCUUCCCACUCUCCAUCCCUAAAUCCAUUCCGAAACACAACCGACCAAUAGAUCUGGUGUGUGGUUGGCAUAGGCUCAAGCCCCCAUCACCAGCCGAUCAGGACCCUCAGACAAAUCUGCCGCCCAGGGUUGAGGAAAGACACCCCGAGACUCCUCGUACCGAAGCAGGGAGGCAACAAACGAAAAGCCCAUUCUUCACGAAUGCCUCGGAGACAAAAGCUUUCAAGAUCACCCAGAAGGACCUCGAAAGGAUCGUAGAGAAUCUUCUUGGAAAGCAUCUCCUUUCUGUCUUUGUUGGCGAGUACAAGAGACCCGAGGAGGAGGCAGGAAAGGCUGUAAACCAAUGCAAGAUAUAUCUUGUCAGUGCGGUAAUGCAUCUCAAGAGCCUCGGAAUAACCAGGUAUCCUGUGUUUGGUUUGGCAACUAAUGGUGCAUCGGGUGCGCUCAUGUGCUGUUGGUAUUCGCAAAGAUUGGAUCGUGUUUUCAUUAUGGACCGGAACAUCCGGAUUUUUGAUAUCUCUUCCCCGAUUCAAACAUACCAUUUUAUGACGUUCCUUCUCCGUUUACGACGGUGGAGUGACGAGCAGCUGCAGAAGCACCAAGAUAGGAUUUCGGUGAAUCCUGAUGCAUUUCAGCCUGACCACUUCUGGACUCGAAAUGCACAGAACGGUCCAGCUAAGAAAGGGUCGUCGUCAGACGUACAUGUGUCUGGGAUAGAUGAAAUUGAUGAGGAUGCAGAAGGCAUGGCUAGAACAUUUGCGAAGAUGAAGGUGUAGACAUUACAUUUGAAUUCAAAUCUUUUGUUGUUGCUACAAGUCGUGUCCCAAUCUAUCCUGUUUCGAAUGUUUAUCC